CAGUCAUAGAUCAUACAUGACAUGCCAUAGCUAUGAGUCAUGAUAUUUUAGUGCUGAUUAAUGAAUCAUAUGAGGUGAAUCAGGACUAUGAGAUUGUAGCAAGACUGGUGAAAGCAAGGAAGAUACACUCCAUCAUGAAUGGACUCAAUUGUGUCAUUACAAUGAUUAGUUCCACAAUGCAUCAUAGAUCAUCAUUUUAGAGGUGUGGUCUUCUAUUUAAAAGGUGUGUUUUGCAGUAAUUUCAUUGUCAACAUAGCAAAGCCUACAGCGAUGUCAGAAACUGAUCCACUACUUCCAAAAAGAAGGGAAAGCAAUGGAUACGCCAAUGGAUCCACCAAUCACAGUGUCAACCUGAGCGAGAGCGUUGUUGACGUGACUGGACUGACUAGAGCGGAUGAUGUUCCAUUAAAAGUAAAGGAAAGCAAGGGAAGAUGGAUAUCUCUGUAUGUCCUUUACUUCACAAUGUUCCUUGGCUCUGUCACGUUCUCUGUAGUGAUAUCUUCAAUUUAUCCUUAUCUACAAAAGAUUACUAAUAAUACUUCCUCUACAUCAUUUCUCGGAUACAUUGUUGCCAUAUAUAGCCUCGGUCAAUUAUUAUCGUCACCAUUGUUCGGACUAUGGUCCGAUUACCAACACGCCAUGGUUCCCCUACAGACUGGGCUCAUGAUGACAGUUGUAUUUAAUAUUCUUUAUUGCUAUGCUGUUGUAUUCUCUCCUACUGUUGGUAAAAUAGUGCUAUUGGUAUCGAGGGGUUUGAUUGGAGCUGGAGCAGGUAUGUCAGCAGUAGUCCGUUCCUAUGCUUCCUCAGCUACUACCAACAUUGAGAAAGCAGGUGUCUUUGGUAUUAUUGGUGCAGCCACAGCCAUUGGGUUUAUCGUAGGACCAGUACUUGGUCUUGCUUUUGUACCACUGGGCAGUGAAGGGUAUGUAAUACCAAAGAUCAAUCUUCACUUUGACAUGUAUACUGGACCAGCAUAUCUCAGUGCACUAUUAGCUAUCAUUAAUAUGAUACUACUGGUCUUUUUCUUUAAAGAGUACAGGAUCACACCAAAAAGAAAGAAGAGCAACACAAUAGUAUUGACCAAACCUAUCUCUAUUAAUAGUGAUGAUGAACGUUCAUUAAGUCUAGGUACCCCGGCCAUUAAUUCUGAUCAAGAGUCACAAUCACUUAAACAUGAUCGUAUCGGAGCAGCUGUCCUUAUAGUCCUUUUCUUUGCAAUAUUGUUUGCAUUCUCAUUAUACGAAACUAUUGUCACACCAUACAGUAUGGAUGAGUUUGCUUGGACAAAGAAGCAGGGUGUAUUUUAUAAUAAUCUGUUGUUUGGCGUUUUGUCAAUAAUAUCAGCUAUCAACUUCUUUAGUGCAAGAUGUAUCGUUAGAUGUGUUGAUGAGAGAACAGGUAUAAUGGUUGGUCUCUUCCUAAUGUGCAUUGGAUUCUUAAUAACUAUGCCACUUGGAAAUGAACUGCCUAAAGUAGGAAUGAUAGAUAUAGACACAUUAAACUCAUCAUAUGUUAUAACACAGAACAGCUCCACUGUGGCUCUUGGCUGUAGAUACCCAAAGCUAAAAUGGUGCACUCAUGUGCCUAGGCUGUACUUAUCCCAGUACAUAAUAGGAGCCAUUAUAUUCACACUGGGCUAUCCUGCAGCUUUUGUGUAUUGCUUCACACUCUUCUCUAAACUCCUUGGUCCUAAACCACAGGGUAUAAUGAUGGGGCUAAUAACAGCUUCUGGUAGUCUUGCUAGAUGUGUUGGUCCUCUCUUUGUUACUUUUGUGUAUGAUGCCACUGGCCCUCAGAUUACACUAGCAACUGUUGAUGGGAUACUAGGACUGGCUAUCAUCCUACUAGCUGUCAGUUACUAUAGACUAGUGCCUUUGGGUCAUAAGAGAGGUUUCAGUAAAAGAUUGUAAUGCUAAUUCAAUGUGUGAUGAAACUGAAUGUUAUAAAUUAUAAUAUUUUAUGUUAAAGUGAGGCGAACAUUAUUAUUGAAAUGAAUACAGUUGUGUUAAGUCAUUGCUAUUGUUAAAUGUUUAACAUUUUACACUCAUUGUAACCAA